AUUUAACAAACCCUUUAAAUUAAUUAUUUAUUUAUUAUUUUGUUUAUUGCCGUUUUGUCAAAGGACUUUCAUGCAGCAACAACAACCACGAAAUAUGUAGGGUUUGUUUACCCUUGUGGGCUUCAAUGUAAACCACAUAGCCACGCCUUCUCAUCAGUAAUCACUAACUAGCGUGCGUGCACGCAAUGCAAACCGCCACUCCCACCUCAUUAAUAUUCAGUAGGGAGGCUGCGUUCGUUUUUUGACAGGUAGCCGUAAACGGAAGCGGAAAUUUCCGCUUCUGGAAAAGCCUCUCAUCACCUCUCCUGUCCAUUCUUCUCCCAAAAGAGUUACAGAGUCUGUCCUCAUAUUUAUGGUGUUUAGGCCAUAAAGUCACCAUAGGGAAAGGCUAAUGGACUGAAGUGCCUGUCAGCGAUUGAGAAAUUCAGUCAACAGCCAUUCCUACAUCCUUUACUUAGCAGGUCUAGGACAAAACCCCCAUCAUGACUCACUCAAUGCUCCGACGCCAACUGAAGAACCUUGUUCAGAACUUCUCUGAGGCAGAGGUCAAGGUUCGGGAAGCGACCUCUAAUGACCCCUGGGGGCCAUCGAGCUCCCAGAUGGCCGACAUCUCGGACCUGACCUACAAUGUGGUGGCCUGUAACGAGAUUUUGGCCAUGCUCUGGAAGCGCCUCAAUGAUGACAAGAAUUGGAGGCACGUGUACAAAGCUUUAACCCUUCUUGAAUAUCUAUUGAAAACGGGCUCUGACCGCAUCCCUCCUCAGUGUGUGGAGAACAUUCACAUUAUCAAAAUCCUAACAGAAUACCGCUUCACAGACAAGGAUGGAAAGGACCAGGGGGUCAACGUGAGAGAAAAGGCUAAGAUAGUGAUGGUGCUCAUUGAGGAUGAGGAAAAGAGGAAAGAGGAGAGAGAUUUUGCUAUGAAGACAAAAGACAAGCUGGCAAAGGCUCCCAAUGCAUCCUCUGCUACAGGACCAGAAAAAGAAAAGCCAGAGAUCCCCCCAUAUACAGGGCUGCCCUCCCUGGACAACAUCCCAUCAGUGGCUGACCUGACCGCCGCCAUGGCCAAGAAGAAGGAGGAGCAGAAACGUCUGGAGGCCGAGAGGAAAGAGGCAGAGAGAAGGGCAAAGGAAGGUGACACAGAGCCAGAUCUUUGGGAAAAAGCAGCAACAGCAGCACCUCCGUCCAGCUCGGACCCCUGGGGAGCCUCAUCCGAUGCAUCCAACGAAUCCGCCCCUGCUACCAACGACCCAUGGGGGGCAUCAUCUGAUGAUGCAAAGAAAUCCAGUCCAACUACCAAUGAUCCUUGGGGUGGAUCUUCUGAUGGGAAAAAUGGAUCUGCACCCACAUCCAAUGAUCCAUGGGGAGGGUCUGCCAGUGACGAGAAUGAUUCUCCACCUGCCUCCAGUGAUCCUUGGGGAGGAUCUACGAAUGUCGAGAAAAGUUCUCCACCUGCCGCCAGCGACCCAUGGGGCAACUCUGCUGGAAUUUCAGAGGAUAGUGCCCCGUCAACAAACGAUCCAUGGGGGGCUCCAGCUGAAACGGCGAAAGACUCAUCAGUGACAUCAGAUCCUUGGGGGGCACCGGCGGAUAAUGUACAGGAUUCAGCACCUGCAAACUCUGACCCCUGGGGGGCAUCAUCAGCAACGUCUGAUCCAUUUGGUGAUGGUUCAAAUGCAGAUAAUGACCCUUGGGGCACAACAGUGUCUUCACCCCCCACUGCAAAUGACCCCUGGGGUGCCCCAUCAGCUCCGAUUGAUGCUAUAACUGGUGACCCUUUUGGUGAUGGAGGUAGUUCAGAUCCCUGGGGAGGUUCUUCUGAGAAUGGUGACUCUGCUACAAAAACAGCUGAUGAGACCAAAAAGCCAGCAUCCUUCCUGGGAGCAGGUGCUUCAUUGGUGGACUUGGACUCUCUUAUGUCAGUCAAGCCCAAACCGAAACAGCCCCCUCUCAGCGCCAUCUCCACUCAAAAAGCCCCGGGUGUUUUGCCAGCCACAGGCAUUAUCAGGCCAUUGGGUGGCAGCAUAUCCAAUGCAGGCGGUUCUGUUGCACAGCCUUCAAACCCAAAUUAUUUUGGUUUUAAUGCCAUGACACCCUGUUCCAGUGGCCUCUUCCCCCUAAACACAGCCUUCGGGGUGCCUGCCGCCCAUAUGGCAUCUCCAACCCAGAAUGCAAGCCUUUCAGCUUUAACGAUGCCCAACAUGGGUUUUUCCAUGGCUAACCCUCACAUGGCGACUAGAAUGGUACAGCCCAACAACCCUCUUAUUGGUGAGUUAUCUACUAUGUCUCUCACAGGAACCAUUACCCCACAAGCUCCAGUUCUUCAUCGACCUCCAUUGGUUUGGGGCACUGGAACUCGGGCAGCUGGGAAAGGAAAUAACAUUUUUUGAGUUUUCCAUCCAUCAUCCAUUCAUCCCUAGCCCUCUUCUUCUCCCGCCCCCUUCACUGAUCCUAGUUGAUUAUGUGUGUGUACAUAAGUGUGUGCAAAUAUUUAAAUAUUAAUGAGCAACAAUAUACCGUAAGUCUUCUGUUUUGGGAAAAAAGCAUGCAUACCCCUGCCUUUCCAACAAGAUGGACUGACAGAUUGAAGCAGGUGUUUUGUUUAUUCACUUGUUGGAUUUUUUUUCAUUAUGUUUUAGAUAACGUUCUUAAAGGUUUAAGGAAAACUGGCAUAUCUACUGGAAUAACUGACCUGCCAGUGAGCAGAUUUUGGAUUCACUACCGUGCAAAUGUUUGGGGCCAGUAAGAUAUUUUUAGGAAAUUAAUACUUUUAUUCAGCAAGGACACAUUAAAUGUAUUAAAAGUUACAGUAAACACAUUUAUAAUGUUACAAAAGAUUUUUAAUUCAAAUAAAUGCUGUUCUUUGGAACUUGGGGACACGUUCACACAGCAACAGAAUACGGUUGUCAGUCAUGUAUUUGAGUCCUUUAUACGGUUAGGUUCACACGCACGGUACGGUUAUUUACAGGAGUGACAACCGCAUUCUAUAACCAGAGUAACACCCUUAAAGGUGCCAUCGAAUUAAAAAUUGAAUUUACCUCGGCAUAGUUGAAUAACAAGAGUUCAGUACAUGGAAAUGACAUACAGUGAGU